AAUCACGUGCACGGCACGUGCAAUGUUCUCGUGGACCCCUUUUUUUUACCCCUCCCUCGUCCCAUCCCUUUUUAUGGUUUUCCGCUAUAUGUCGUAAACCCUAGGGUUUAUUCUUUUCUUCCCCGAAACUUUUCGACUGUUCCUCUCUUUGCCGCCCUCUCCUCAUUCCCGCUGAACGCCGAUGGCUUCUCGGAAGCAGCAGGUGGCUGCGAAACCCCGAAGCCAAAUUCGAAGAAGAACAAGAAGCCGCAGGAGAAGGACGAGGAGGAGAGAGACCUCCUCUCUUCCAAACCUGUCCAUGACGUCGAACCCCUCGACGGCGAUUCCGGCCCCGAGGACGAGGAGGAAGAAAAUGGCAGCCAAGGGUCCGACCUCGAAGACGAGCUAUCUCGAUCGGACGUCUCCUCCGAUGGGGACCCCUUCACCGAUGACUUCCUAGGAGGCAGCGACAAUGAGGAAGGAGAGGAGGCGAGGUCGGAGUCGGACGAGUCUGAUUUAGAGGCGAAGUCAAGAGCGAUUGAUGAGGCAAGGGCGAGGGCAGAGGCGGAGGCAGAAGAGGAAUUGAGGCUCAAUAUUAAAGAAGAGUCGGAUGAGUUCAGAUUGCCGAUGACAGAGGAGCUCGAAGAAGAAGCUCGUCAACCGCCGAAUCUUCCGAAUCUUCAGCGGAGGAUAAAAGAGAUUGUUCGUGUUCUCACGAACUUCAAGACUCUGAGGCAGGAGGGGACCUGUCGGAAGAAUUACAUUGGCCAGCUCAAGGCGGACAUAAUGUCUUAUUAUGGCUACAAUGAGUUUCUUGCCGAUGGUUUUAUUGAGAUGUUCUCGGCUGUUGAGCUCAUUGAACUGUUGGAGGCUUUUGAAAAGAAUCGACCUGAAUGCUUGCGUACAAACACUUUAAAGACUCGUAGGCGGGAUCUUGCUGGUGUUCUAAUAAAUAGAGGGGUCAAUCUAGAUCCAAUAGGGAAGUGGUCAAAGGUUGGGCUUGUGGUAUAUGAGUCACAAGUGCCUACUGGUGCAACUCCUGAAUAUCUGGCCGGGCACUACAUGAGACAAGCUGCAAAUUCUUUUUUACCUGUCAUGGCGCUUGCUCCUCAAGAAAAGGAACGAAUUGUUGAUAUGGCGGCUGCUCCAGGAGGUAAGACGACGUACAUUGCAGCUCUUAUGAAGAAUUCUGGAAUAAUUUAUGCAAAUGAGUACAAGGAACCAAGGCUUAAGUCACUGCUAGCAAAUAUACAUCGUAUGGGUGUGACAAACACUGUAGUGUGCAACUAUGAUGGGAAGGAGCUAUCGAAGGUUCUUGGGUUAAAUUCUGUUGAUAGAGUAUUACUGGAUGCCCCCUGCACCGGCAUUGGAACUAUCUGCCCAGAGCAACAAUCUAUUAAAACAUCCAAGUCCAUUGAAGAUGUACAAAAUUGUGCUUUCCUGCAAAAGCAACUGAUUUUAGCAGCAAUUGAUUUAGUGGAUGCUAAUUCAAAAUCAGGGGGGUACAUAGUUUACUCAACUUGUUCUGUGAUGAUUCCUGAGAAUGAAGCAGUUAUAGACUAUGCACUCAAAAAGAGAGAUGUAAAGCUUGUGCCAUGUGGAUUGGACUUUGGUCGCCCAGGAUUCAUUCGCUUUAGGGAUCAGCGGUUUCAUCCUUCUUUAGAAAAAACAAGGCGGUUUUAUCCCCAUGUAAACAACAUGGAAGGCUUUUUUGUGGCCAAGCUGAAGAAGCUAAGCAAUUCCAAACCAGCAGCUUCAGAAGCUCCUAAGACAUCAGAAAAAACAGAAGAGGCAGCAGUUACUGAUGACAAUACGGAUGUACAGACUGAUGUCCCAAAUGGAAAACCUGAAAAGCUAAAAAUUUUGAAAAAGGGUAAAGGAAAGAAAAAGAGUGGUUCUAAAAGGGGAACCCCAAAUGAAGGAAAGGUAUCACCUACAUCCAAAGCCAAGCUGAGGAAAAAACGGAAAUUUCCUUCUAGAGAGGAAAUUUCCCAAGCUAGAGAGGAGAAACGGAAAGCCUUGAAGAAGAGAAAGGUCUGAGGAGCAAUGGAAGAGCAAGGGAGAACAACCUGAUGAAUUGAUGCAGGGAGAAGAGGGAACCCUCAGUUGCUCGGU